CGGCUACGAGAACGACAUUGGGGAAGCGCGUUGUCGUGGGCUAUCAGGAAUGGUGAGCCUUGGCUGUGUUCAAUGGUGGCCGAUCAGAUCAUCUUGCAUUGUGAACCGGAAACGAUCGCAACGAUAACGAUCUUAUCGAAGCUCAGCGUUGAUAUGAUCGAGUCACCAUCGCUGAUAUUCUUGCACAAAUAUUUUCUGUUUCGAAAUGCACUCCAAGAUGGUUUGAAAGCAGAUGCGGCUGCUUUAUUGAUCGAUUUGAUAACGUCGGAAUUGGCACCGAAAAAGUUUCAUUCGGUACUUUUCGCGGAUCUUAUUGCGAUAUUGAACUAUGAAAAUGAGGUUGGAGUUUGA